GACCACACGCUGCUUGUCCAACCAGUCCAACGAGACAGAGGGACAAUGUCAGAGGGAGAAAAGCAGGAUAAUUAAGGAAGCAUUGGCUCUGUUGUAAUGAUGAUGGUUGACACUGUGAAGUAAAUGAGAGGGCAGAGAGCAGUAAAGGGAGAGAGAGAGAGAGAGAGAGAGAGAGAAAGUGAGAGAAUAUUUAAUGUGAAGCAGGAUCGGAUUUGGUCUUCCUUUCCAUUUUUUUUUAAACUUGCUGAUGGAGAACACAGAAGCCGACAUAGAGCAUGGUGAGAGCCCCCCACCGUACUACUUGGUGGUGAAGCCCAGUGAUCCCCCUCCUCCAUAUACAAGGGUCCAGCCAUUACCGGGCACCCCUCCAGUUGUCCCCUACUACAUCAACCAACCUCUUCCUCAAGUACUUGCUCCUCAUGUGCCUCAACGUAUUAUCACUACCACACAACAAGACCAGAGGCAGAGCAGACUGGUGGUGACACGGCACAAAAAAGCUUGCUGCUAUGGAGGCUCAGGAGGCUCUAUCCUUAUUUUAGUUCUCAUUGGAAUUGCAGUCUGGUUGGGAGUACGAUAUGGCAUGUCAUUGAUGUCCAGAGGGAAGUCGGACAUAUGCCCACCCAAUACCGUCGUCUGUGAUGGACACAACGAUUGCCAACAGGGCAGCGACGAGACAAUCUGCGUGAGGUUUGGAGAAAGAAAUGAACUGCAGGUCAUGACCUCAAACUCCAACGGCUUCCUUCCCAUCUGCUAUGCUGACUGGAAUCAGAACCUGUCUACCCAGACCUGUCAACAGCUCGGGUUCAGAGGAAGUUACCAGUACGGAGCCAUAAGAUCAACCUCAACAUCAUUUCUCUUUGUGAGCUCUCAAUCUUCAGACACCAUACAGGGAAAGCUUAAAGUCAGCACAUCAUGUCCUGGUCAAAAGACAGCAUCUCUCCGAUGCAGUGACUGCGGGCGUCCAAAGACCAGCUCGCGGAUCAUUGGAGGAAAUGUGGCGGCUCCAGGCCAGUGGCCGUGGCAGGUCAGCCUGCAUUUCAAAGGUUCUCAUGUGUGCGGAGGGUCAGUGGUGUCGCAGGAUUUCAUAGUGAGUGCUGCACACUGCUUUCCCAGCAACCCAGCUUCCUGGCAGUUGCCUGUUAACUGGCGUGUGUACCUGGGUGUGGAAUCACAGUACAUGCUUCCACCACCUCAUUACGUAGCUCACAUCAUUAUACACGAGCUCUACAACCCGCACACACACGACAACGACAUCGCGCUGCUCAAACUCACCAAGCCCAUCAACUUCACUGGUACGGUCCAGCCUGUAUGUCUCCCUACAUAUGACCAAGUUGUUUCUGCAGACACACAAUGCUGGACAACAGGAUUCGGAAUAACACAAGAAGGAGAAACCCUUGGUUCCAGUCAGCUCAUGGAGGUAGCAGUAGAUAUCAUUGACAGACCUUUGUGUGACAACGCCUACAAAGGACUCAUCACUAAUGACAUGCUGUGUGCAGGAGAUAUGAAUGGGGGGAGAGAUGCCUGUCAGGGUGACAGUGGAGGUCCUCUAGUGUGUCAGGAGGGCGAUGGCCGCUGGUAUCUCUAUGGCGUGACGAGCUGGGGGAGUGGGUGUGGCCGCGUGAACAGCCCGGGUGUCUACAGCAAUGUGCACAGCCUUCUCUCAUGGAUCCACAGCAAUAUGGAGCAAGACAGACCAUGAGCACUGUGCUGUCUGAAUGCACUUUACUACAUCUGCAGCGGGAAGCACAAGCCUCCGCUGACAUCGCUUGACAUCACCACCUUCAUCAUGUUAGGAUUUCGUCCUUUUUCCCCCCAUCACGUUUGUGCACUUUAGUUCUGACCGGAGCUGUGUUUUGUUCACUUAUCAUCAGGGAUUGUUUUCAUUUCAGUUCUCUUUUGCACAUGCAUUAAGAUGUGUCACAUUGUGUUGUUUGCACUCUGGUGUUUGUAAGUCAGGUUGAAAAAAAAAGCUUCUAAGUAAAAAGAGGCUUCUUGAAUAUUAUGGUUUAUCCAUGAGUACACAAAUGCCAUCAUUGUAUGUACUGGCUGUAAGGCACCUCCCACAUGAACCUUUGAUUGGCUGACAGGUGAUGUGGUCUCCCCUGAUUGGGUCAAAAAUUGUUUUUAGAAGACUACGGACCUUCCUUGGGUCUGCCGUUGACUUGCUCUGUGGUUCCACUGGUGUCCUCUAGUGCCACAACACCACUUUGGAGUACAUCUUAACUUAAUAAAAGAAUGAAAAGUUGUAGAACUCAUCUUGAAUUCUUUUGUACAAUGGAACUGAAUUGCCAUUCAAACAUUUCAGUUAUGCAGUUACUUCAUUAGCACUGUGAUUGUGAGAGGCUGUGCACUCUAAACACUAAAUAAAGAUUUUCAUUCUAA